CAGUCAAUCAUUAGUCAAAUUGUUUUGCUACAGAAAGCAGGUCUUCUAUUAUGACACCAACUUAAAAAUAAGACUGCUGCAGAAGUCAUUGGCCGCAUUUAGCUUGGGUUCUUUCUCCUCCCUCUCUGUGCACUGUGCAGCUGAGAUUCAGCAAUAACCAUGAACCUCGUAACUUCCAAAAUCUUUGGGUCUCCCUUCCCACAGCUCUUAAUCACAGCUUUUAUAGCUGUCUUAAUCCAAAGCAACCAUGUUGCUAACAGUGCCACAGUCGCUAUCCAAACACGAGGGGAUGGAGCCUCUGAGACUGCUCAGAACACAGCCCUACAACUGCACUUGGUCACCCUAGGACAGCACACAAACACCACUUCAGAGCCUGAAUCAAAAUUAAAGCCCUCUGUGUCUCAGAGCCCCCCAACAGAGAAAGCGGUGGAGGGGGAGAACUUGGUGUUCUCGUGCCAGUUUACCCAGAGUGGUCACUUUGUUUCCAGCAAUUUGUCUGUGACGUGGUACAACAAGAAGAGCGAGGAGACACUGACAGUCCUGGUUGGGAAUGAAACAAAGGAGGAGGGCUAUUCGGGCAGAGUGUUCUUGAACGGGGAUUGGCUUGGCACAGGCGUCGCCUCCAUGACCCUUCUCAACGUCACGUCAAGCGAUUAUGGCAUUUACAUUUGCUCUGUGACACUACCCGAUGGAAGUACUUUAGAAGGAGAUGGCACAAAGCUGAGUGUCAGGAAAAGAUCGGGCUUGUUCGGGAUGGAAGAGUCAAUCGGGACGAUUAUUGGAGUGGUGGCUGCAGCUGUGGGGGUCACGGUGGGACUGGUAGCGAUCAUAGUGCCCCAGUUCAGGAAGAAGCUCAUGUGUUUCAAGAAAUAGAUACCCACAGCAUGAACAGCUUGAUGAAGUUUUACUACCACAAAGAAAACGUUUCAGAAGCACUUGUUUCUGUUCAUAACACUUUUAUUUAAUAAAAAUAAUGUAUUUAUUAUAAGUUUUUCACUUGUCAUGCCUAAUAGAAACCUCCUACUUCAUUAAUAGAUUAGAAGAAUGUGAUUUAAAGAUUGGAGGAAUGAAUGUGCAACCUUGUUUUGAGUUUUGUAUCUAAAUGUACCAUUGCAGACUGUUUUAAUAUCCUGCUGCACAUCUUUUUUUUAAUUGAGGGUAGUAAACUAAAAACUAAUGGGAGGAUCUGUUUAGAAGUUGCAUUUCAAAGCAUUUGAAAUCAAAGGAUUUUUCACAAGGUGAAGUUAUGUUUUCACUGUACACAGAACAAGGAUUGUUAGAUCUGUUUAAUUUCCUAAAUGUUGAAAUUGUUGUAUUAAGCACGUUUAAAUAUUUAAACUAACAAAUCAGGAAUGCUUGUACCCAAACACAAUAGCCAUCAUAUAAGCCCUUCAUCAUUUUUUAUAGAUUACUGCGACAUGUAUGUAUAAGACUAUAUGUGGACAGCAUUCAACUGUAUAUGGAAAAGACAGUGAAGAAAAAUGUAAUGUGAAAUAAAUUGGCUUACAGUGUCCUUUUAGUAAAUGCCAAGUCUAACACUAACACAAAGGAGAUGGGAGCAGCCAGCUACCAGAAGCUUAAUGUGGUUAUGCCAAGAUGCCCAGGUAUAGAAAGACAAUAAUAAAACAGUGCACAGUCUUGGAUCACUUUCUCCACUUUAUUCUUUGGGACUCAAACAGCUUUACACAUGUACCACUGAAGACAUGAAAAACAACAAGUACACUCCUUUGUGCACCAAAACACACAGUAAACACGACGACUAAACAGUGAACAAAUAAUAAUCGGAAACAAAAACAUUACAACACCUGAAAUACAGAACCAUAAAACAGGCUUCCAUUACUGGCCUGCAAUAAAUACAGAUGUGUUGCAUCCCUUGUGUUUAAACUCUAAAGGUCAUAUGAGCAUUAAUAAGUACAUCCACGGUUUUAAGAGUUCAGAGCGUCCUGGCGGAAUGGUGUGCAGGCAGGGUUACAUACUGGGGAGGGAGGGAGGAGCUCACAACUGCAGGAUUACAGGUUCAGUUCCCAGUUGGGGCCCUUUUUCAAUGACUGUCAAACCAGCUAUGAAUAGAAAAUCAGGAAGGUCUUAACAUUGGUCAUCACGACAAACGAUGGCCCUUUUGUGUACCGAGGCCACAGAUAUAAGAUGCCCUAAAUGUACACGGUGCUCCACAGCUGAAAUAAGCUUGCAAAGGACUCAAUGUGUGUACAGUUUCAAGUGUAAUACACCUUUACAUGAACUCUGUUAAAUACAAACUACCCACAUUUACUGCAAAAUAAAGCCUUCCUUGUCGAAACGCACAGAUCUGUGUUACUUAUGAGGGUUUACUUUACUUUACUGUGAAUAAUUAACAUUUUAUUUUGCUGGUAGUAUUAAAUAACCCUUGUAUGCAAUAUACCUUAAUGCACAAAAUACACAAUCGCACAAUACGAUUUGUAAUGAAACUAACAUGCCUGAUGGUUAUCACGUGUCCCCAGUGCCAUUUAACAACAGUUCUCUUUAAAAUGUAGGAAACAGAGAGAUACUAAAAAUAUUACUGCAGCACUGUUGUAGUGUUUUAAUAUCUGCUUUUUACACCAUCAACACAUGCCACGUUUGCUGGCGACAAUGUAAAACUGGUUUUGACAAAUGUAAACAGGGUAUCUAAUGCAAACACCAUGUUUGGCCAAAUAAAUAAAACAAAACAAAACCCCCACCAUGGAACAAAAAGGAAUGUUGAGUUGCUGCAAGACCUAUUAAAAAGGAAAUAUAAAGAAAGAAAAAAAAAAAAAAGCACACAAUAUGUUUUGUUUUUUUUU